AUGGGACCCAAAACCCAUCCAUCCUCGAGCGAGAAGGAGGCCCGCCCUCUUCCCAAUGCUCCUGGCGGGACGGAGAGUUUUCAUCAACAAGCAUUACACAAAGGUUCUACCACGAAGAGUCAUGCUCCAGGUCCCUCACUUGGGAACCAUCCAGCCAACAACGAUGAAACCAACGGGAAAGGAGGAAUUGCAGGGGAUCACUUGAUCCAAGAAGAUACUUCCAUCGGCGAAGACACUGUGAAGUCCGAGGGCACGGCUUCAGUUACUCAAACUGAGCAGACGCAGGGGCAGUUUCUCCGUCUCUUGUGA